AUGGGCGCCUCGGAGAAGACCAGGAAGAGGAGGGUUGUUCUGGUUCUCAUCGACGGCCUGGGGGACGUGUCCCUGCCGAGGUUCCGGCAGAAGACUCCUCUUCAGGUGGCGGAGGUGCCCAAUCUGGACGCCAUCGCCGCUGCCGGCGUAAACGGGCUGAUGGACCCCGUGGAAGCGGGCUUGGCCUGCGGGAGCGAUACGGCGCACCUCUCUCUGCUGGGCUACGACCCAAGAGUCUACUACCGGGGGAGAGGAGCCUUCGAGUCGAUGGGCGCCGGUCUGGCCAUGUCUCCCGGAGAUAUCGCCUUCAAGGUGGGGUUUUUUCUGUUCUUCCAAGCUCCAUUCCAUGAUAUUAGAAUUUGUUAUCUAUCUUAUCUAUCGAUGCCUCUCUAUCUCUCUCUCCAUAUGUAUACAUAUAUAUAUAUAUAGAUAUAUAUAUAUAGAAGGUUACAAGAUCUCAGAUUGCAUGUGGAAACAUGUGCCCGGAAUAGGCCCGCUGCUGCUGAUUUUUCUUCUUUUUUUUUCUGAUUAAGGGGUCCAGUCAGGCAUAAUUUCUAGAGCUCAAGUUUUAUGGCAGCUUUCGAGUUAGACUGAUACCGAAAGUACCCUAUAGUAUUAUUUUUUAUUCAUGAAAUUUAACCUAGAGUGCUACAUCCAUGCCAAUUCUGAUCCGUUCCUGUCUAACCCUUUUACAGUCUAACUUUGCUACACUGGAUGAGAGCACCGGCAUUGUGACCAGCAGGAGGGCUGACAGGCAUUUUGAAGAAGAGGGCCCAGUCCUCUGUGAAGCAUUGGAUGGGAUAAAGCUCCCAUCUUUCCCAGGCUAUCAAGUGAGGGUCAGGUAAGCAGAGAACAGUUUUCCUCUGGGAAGAGAGAGAAAAGCUCAACCAACGUAGAUUUAGAUCUCACUAAAGAGACAUCACGGGCUUGUUAGGAUUUGAAGGACAAAUUAGGGGAGUAAUCUACAGUAUUACUACUGACAUGGGUUUUUGUUAUUUUGGUCUUCUUCUUCAUGAUGAGUGAAGCAAUGAGGGUGGCUGAUGGUGGUGUGCCUUCUCUCUACAGAUAUGCUACUGAGCACAGAUGCGGUGUGGUGGUCAAGGGGCCAAAUCUGAGCGGAAAUAUCUCAGGCACAGACCCACUGAAGGACAACCGCCUCCUUCUGAAAGCCGAGGCUCUGGAUGGCACAGAGGAGGCCAAGAACACAGCCGCUGUGGUCAAUGAACUCUCCCAGCAGAUGUCCAAAGUUCUCAUCUCUCAUCCUGUCAAUGAGAAGCGAGCGGCAGAAGGGAAGAGUAUUGCAAAUAUUGUCCUGCUUCGGGGCUGUGGCAUUCGAAUUGAGGUCGGUGGGCGAGAUUAUCAACAGAUGAUUGCCAUUUUAUUGAACAAACUUUGGCUGUUUUCUGCCGAUCCUAGCAAAUUUCAUCCUGAACUACAUUUGAUACUGAUUCUGAUCAUCUAUUAAUAUCUCUAACCCCAUCAGCCACCAUCAUAGGAAUGUAUCUUCAUAGUUUGCCCAAUUACCUGUGCAGCAAUGACAUCUUAGUUACUAGUUGGAACUACAGAAGAUGAUGCAACUACAGAAGAUGAUGGAUUUGUUGAGUUUAAAUAUUAGUCUUGAAUGAUGAUAGCCUUUAUGAAUAGUUGGAAAGAAAUUUCAGAAAAACUAACACCGAGACUGUAGACAGGUAAGUGAUUGACUCACCAGAUAGCAUGCUCUCCACAAGGCUUUCUUUCGAACAGUUGGAACAGUUACAAAAUUGAAUAAGUGAGAUAUUAAAUGUGACGUAAAUCUGUAAAUUUCACGUAUUAUUUAUUUGUUUUUGUCUUUAGAUGGUGUGAUCCACCACAUUAUAAUCACAGUCAAGUUCUAUCAUGUGUUUGUCUCCCCCGUCUUCUCCCAGUGAUGGAGCUGUAAAAGAACUCAGUCAGUCCACAACUCAUAUCCAUGUUACAGCUAUCUCAGUUAUCUUUUCCCAGUAGCCAUGUGAAUUUAUUCUACCCAGUGCCUGUUGAUUUUGAAUCGCACAGCUCAGAUAUCUGUCAAGCAGUUGUUCUAAUUAUUUCUCAUUUCUGUGCUUUGCCUUCUCGGUUAGGUUCCUUCUUUCAUGGAGAGCCAUGGAUUGAGGCCAUGCAUGGUUGCUCCUACAAAAAUCAUUGCGGGUUUAGGCCUGUCACUAGGUAUAGACAUCCUUGAAGCUCCUGGAGCUACCGGAGACUACCGCACCCUCCUCACUUCCAAGGCAAUAGCUAUCGCCCAAGCACUCUCUGCACCUCUGCAGCCAUGCCCCCGUGUUUUUGUCCCAGGAGAGGACGAAUACAAACAAGGCUUUGCCGAUGGGUAUGAUUUUGGAUUCCUUCACAUCAAGGUGAAUGAUAGGGAAUCUCUGAUUUAUUCUACAAAUUUUAUGCAUUUUUUUUCAUAAUUUAAUGGCUUAAAUCAUAUUGUUCAUAGGAUGUGCAUUGGAAAACUACCUCAGUUCUUCUUCACUGCGGUCUGUGACAGGCUAUUGAUGAUGCUGGCCAUGACAAGGCGAGCUUGUACAAGGUCCGGGCCCUCGAAGCUGUGGACAAGGCCAUCGGUCAGCUGGCAAAGCUCUUGUGGCAAGCUGAAGCAUCUGGGAGUUUCAAGUAUUACCUCUGCGUCACUGGAGAUCACUCCACCCCUGUGGAGUACGGAGAUCACAGCUUCGAGCCCGUUCCAUUUGCUCUCUGCCGGUUGGAAGACUUUGUCGGAGCUGCCGGUGGAGAGGCGGUGGUGAUGGGAACCCCCCUUGAUAGUUUCUCCCUUCCAUCGGCCAAGGCUGGGGAGGAUUUAGCAGAAGAGUUGCCGCCGGCAGAAGGGAAGAGACAUGAAGCCCAGAGAGCGUUUGCUGGUGACUCAGUCAGUGAGCUCAGCGAGGUGGUAGCAGCAAGGGGCUGCCUUGGGCGGUUCCCGGGGAGUGAGAUGAUGGGCAUUAUAAAGAAAUUUAUGAAGCAGAAGAAUGAAUAG